AUGUCAGUUAUUAGCGCCGGUGCUUCCGCAAGGCAGGACGCCGGCCCUACCAGCGGCGAGGGGUUCAGCAGUCGAACCGCUCACAGCCAGCGCUCCCUCAGCUCUUUUAGCUCCCUCAGCGCUGAGGUCCUUUUCCACCUUUUUUCCUUCUUGUCGCGGGCGGAAGACUUGCGCAACGUAACCAGCACUUGUCGGCGUUUCGUCAGUUUCUUGACCACUCCGCUCCUUUAUAACGCCCUUCGUGACCAGUUUGCCUCCUCUCCAAACUGGGUGGACUCGAUAUUGAUGUGGAUCAAGGGCAGCAGACUUCGGUGUCUCGAGACUACGCAAUGCGAUCCGGGAGACUUGCUCGAACUGGUCCUGUCCGAUAUUCUAAAAAGCGACGAUCCGGCUAUUCGGUCUGCAACCGGUCUGAGCGUCUUUGUCUUCCGCGGAGAAAAGUCCCCAAAGCUUUUGAGACAGAUCCUUGAGAACCUUAGCCCGGAGUGGGAGCAGGGUCGCUUUAGCAACGAAACAGACGUUUUGCAAGCAAUUGUCGACUUUAACGUCUCGGAAGAAUCCCUCAGAGUUCUCGAUGAAUAUAAGGUGCUCCGCAUUCUGAACCUUUUUACUCUAGCAUACAGCAAUGCGAAUGCGGAGAAGGUGGUCGCUGCGUUGGACAGGGGAGCGCGGCCGAGAUGGAGUUUGGCGUACAAGCUUGUUGACUAUCGACCUAUCGUUGAUUUGAUGCUGCGGCACGGCCUGGCGAUCGAUUUUCACGCCUUCAUUUGCGCGGGCGAGAAUAUUGAUGUAAUUGAAUAUUUGUUCGAUCGCCUUGCCAGCUCCGGCUCUGCAGUCGACCCCAGCGUGCUCGCUCCGGCGUUCAUCAGAGCGUGUGAGCGUCGCGACGUCCCCGCAGCGGAAUGUUUUCUGGCCCACGGAGCGGACAUCAACCUCGGAUCGAUCGAAGAAGGUGUACUAGCGCCGCCAAUCUCAUACGUUCUGGCGAAACGUGACCCGUGGGACUUUGUGGAGUUCCUGCUGGCGCGCGGAUCACCGUGA